AUGGAGAGAGAAAACAUAAAAAGAAGAAAAGAAGCAAAAAAAGAAUUUAAUGAUACUGCGCAGCAACGUCUAGAUGAGCAGCGGACUCGGGAGGAGGAGCAGCAACGUCUGCAGCAGCAGCAGCAGCUGCUGCGUCAGCAGAGACAGAAGCAGCAAGAAGAAUAUUAUGCAGCAUUAAAGGAAGAGCGUCGUCAAUUAAGGAAGCAAGGUCAUGUAUUUGCUGACAGCAGCAGCAGCAGCAGCAGCAGCAGCAGCAGCAGCAGCAGCAGUUCUUGUUCAUCUGAAUCGGAGGCAGAGACAUCAACAACAAAACAGCAACAGCAACAGCACCAACAGCAGCAGCAGCAACAGCAGCAGCAGCAACAGCAGCAGGAGCAGGAGCAGCAGCAAGAAGAAGAAGAAGAAGGAAGAAAAAGAACAGAGGAUGAGGCCUUCGAGGCAUGGUACGAGACAUGCAGUAGGGGGCCCCCAGGGGGCCCCAUCCGUCUAGGUUCGUUGGGUGUAUCUACGUUAUCUAGUAUAGGAGGAGGACAAGAGUAUGAUCAUAAGGAAGGUAAGAACAUAAGGAACAAGAUAAGCACAAGUAUAAAUAACAACAACAACAGCAGCAGCAGCAGCAGCAGCAGCAGCAGCAGCAGCAGGAAGAUAAAGGUACUAUAUAUAUGCGAAGUAUGCGAGAAAGAAUUCUGUAGUUUAGCUCAGUAUGAAUCGCAUGCAAAAUCUAUUAGACAUAAAAAAGCAAUAAAACAAUUAGCUGCACAAUUAGAGGAAGAAUUAGAGGGAAUUACUGAUGCAGCAGCAGCAGCAGCAGCACCAACAGCAGCAGCAACAGCAGCAGCAACAACAACAGAAGCAGCAGCAUAUAGUACUCCUUUUUCUCCUAGGAUACACGGAAAACGGGGGGAAAAAGAGAUCCUGCAGCAGCAGCAGCAGCAGCAGCAGCAGCAACAGAUUGAUGAAACUGUGGGGGAAGUGCAGCAGCAAAUGCAGGAGGGAGAUAAUAUUGUUGAUGAUGCCAGCAGAAGCAGCAGCAGCAGCAGCAGAAGCAGCAGCAGCAGCAGCAGCAGAAACAAAAGAGGUGUUGGUAAGGGGAAGACAAGAAGGAGACAUAUUAGCAGCGAUGAAAGUCCAUCACCUACAGACAGCAGCAGCAGCAGCAGCAGCAGCAGCAGCAGCAGCAGCAGCAGCGAAGAUGACGCAGACGAGGCGCUGCUAAGACUUGCUGGGUCUCGUCAGAGAGGACGACGACGGGACAGCAGCAGCAGCAACAGCAGCAGCAGCAGUAAUAGCAGCAGCAGUAGCAACAAGGUGGGGGUAGAUGGGGACGCAGAUACCAAUGGACGUGCUGCUGCUGCUGCUGCUGCUGCUGCUGCUGCUGCUGCUGAAUCCUUUAGCGAUAUAGAGAUACCUAAAGGUGGCCGCAGGCGCCGCGCACGUCAGCAGCAGCAGCAGCAGCAGCAGCAGCAAGGCAGCAGCAGGAGCAGCAGCAAUGCCCAAGGCGGUCAGCGAGGAAAGCAAGCAGAAGACCCCGCAGCAGCCGCAUCAUCAUCAUCAGCAGCACCAUCAGCAGCUCCGAAGAAAGCAGGAAAGGGUGCAGCAGCAGCAGGAGGAGGAGGAGGAGGAGCAGCAGCAGCAGCAGGAGCAGCAGCAAAGGAGACAACAUGCAGUUGUUUUGCCUCUGAUGGGAUAAACAGUUGGGGUGUACAUACACCACAAACUUAUAACACUCUAUUCUUAUAUCGCAACAGCAGCAGCAGCAGCAACAGCAACAGCAGCAGCAGCAGCAACAGCAACAGCAGCAGCAGCAACAACAGCAGCAGCAGUAGCACUAGCAGUAGCAGCAGCAACAAUUAUCUAGCUAGCUAG